AUGUCUGAAAGUAACUGGGGUCACCUGGACAAGAACCAAAUCCAGCGUCUUGAAGAGAUGUUAAUUGUUGUUGAUGAAAAUGAUCAAGUGAUUGGUGCUGAGACCAAGAUGAACUGCCAUUUGAAUAAAAACAUUGAAAAAGGGUUAUUGCACCGUGGUUUCUCUGUAGUCUUGUUUUCUACAGAAAAUAAACUUCUACUACAAAAGAGAGCAGAUACUAAAUAUACUUGUCCAGGUAGUUUUUCAGACAGUUGUUCGAGUCAUCCACUAUAUACCCCAUUAGAAAUGGAAGAAAAGGAUGCAAUUGGAGUAAAACGGGCUGCUCAGCGCCGUUUACAUGCUGAAUUAGGAAUCCCCCUGGAGCAGAUUCCCCUUGAUGAUAUUAACUUUGUGUCAAGAAUUCAUUACAAACUUCAGUCAGAUGAGGUCUGGGGAGAACACGAAAUUGGUUACCUUCUCUUUGUAUGGAAGGAUGUCACUUUGAAUCCAGAUCCCACAGAAGUAAAGGACUAUAUUUAUGUGACAAAAGAAGAACUAGAAGAUCUUCUGAAACAAGAAGGCAAAGAUGAAGUGAAAUUUUCUGGAUGGUUCCACAUUAUUGCAAACCUUUUUUUGUUUAAAAUAUGGGAUAACUUAAAUGAUUUGAACAAAUUUGUUAAACCUGAAAAAAUAUACAGAAUCUAA